UGAUGCUGGUGCUGCUGCCGCCUCGACUGCUGCUACUCUAGUGGGGCUGGAAGGGUGGUUCCUAUUCGCACCGUCGCCAGCCAGAGACGGAGGGAAAAAAAUCCCAGCAGCCGCUGCUGAUGUUGGGUUCGGAGGCUGCAUCCGACUCGGUCACAAGGAAAAUGGAUUCAGUUUGCAUCUCUCCCUCCUUUCAACAGCUUUUCCCGGUCUCAGCAAGGGUGUCCAGGGCAGCAGCUGAGGAGACCUUGCCAAGGAACACCACACAGUAGAUGCUGAAACAUCGCACUCCAGGAUAAGAAACAGUAACAUGGCAGCACCCAUGUGAGAGGAAUCAAAGAGCAACAGACUCCAUUUAGAAAGGAACAAUGUCCAAGAAAGGGCGAAAUAAGGGCGAGAAGCCCGAGGCGCUCAUUGUCGCCCUUCAAGCUGCCAACGAAGACCUCAGGACCAAGCUCACCGACAUCCAGAUAGAGCUGCAUCAGGAGAAGUCCAAGGUAUCUAAGCUUGAAAGAGAGAAGACUCAAGAAGCAAAGAGGAUUCGUGAGUUGGAACAGCGCAAGCACACGGUCCUGGUGACAGAACUCAAAGCCAAGCUCCACGAGGAGAAGAUGAAGGAGCUGCAGGCUGUGAGGGAGAAUCUCAUCAAGCAGCACGAGCAAGAAAUGUCAAGGACAGUGAAGGUUCGGGAUGGGGAGAUCCAGAGGCUCAAGUCGGCUCUGUGCGCCCUGCGGGAUGGCAGCAGCGACAAAGUAAGGACAGCGCUCACCAUUGAGGCCCGGGAGGAGGCCCGGAAACUGUUUGACGCGGAGCGCCUUAAGCUCCUACAGGAAAUUGCGGACCUGAAAACUGCCAAGAAGCAGGUGGAUGAGGCUUUAAGCAAUAUGAUCCAAGCGGAUAAAAUCAAGGCUGGGGACCUGAGGAGUGAGCAUCAGUCCCACCAGGAAGCCAUCUCCAAGAUCAAGUGGGAGUCCGAGCGGGAUAUUCGGAGGCUGAUGGAUGAAAUCAAAGCCAAGGACAGGAUCAUCUUUUCCCUGGAGAAGGAACUGGAGACGCAGACAGGCUACGUGCAGAAGCUCCAGCUGCAGAAGGAGGCUCUGGACGAGCAGCUGUUUCUGGUCAAGGAGGCGGAGUGCAGCAUGAGCAGCCCGAAGCGCGAGGUCCCGGGGAGAGCGGGGGACGGCUCCGAGCACUGCGGCAGUCCUGAUUUGCGAAGAAAUCAAAAGAGAAUAGCUGAGUUGAAUGCCACUAUAAGAAAACUAGAAGACAGGAAUACCUUGCUUGGAGAUGAACGAAAUGAAUUGUUGAAACGCGUGCGGGAAACCGAAAAACAAUGCAAACCUCUUCUGGAAAGGAACAAGUGCCUCGCCAAGAGAAAUGACGAGCUGAUGCUGUCUUUGCAACGCAUGGAGGAGAAGCUGAAAGCCAUUACCAAGGAAAACUCAGAAAUGAGAGAAAAAAUAACAACCCAUCCACCCUUGAAGAAGUUAAAAUCUCUGAAUGACCUCGAUCAAGCUAACGAAGAACAAGAGACAGAGUUUCUAAAACUUCAGGUCAUUGAACAACAGAACAUUAUCGAUGAGCUCACCAGGGACCGGGAAAAGCUCAUCCGCAGGAGAAGGCACAGAAGAAGCUCCAAGCCAAUUAAGAGGCCUGUUUUGGACCCAUUUAUCGGCUAUGAUGAGGACUCCAUGGACUCGGAGACGUCAUCCAUGGCAUCGUUCAGAACCGACCGGACACCAGCCACUCCUGACGAUGACCUGGAUGAAAGUUUAGCAGCUGAAGAAUCUGAGCUACGAUUUCGACAAUUAACGAAAGAAUACCAGGCCCUCCAGAGAGCAUACGCCCUCCUGCAGGAGCAGACUGGGGGCAUCAUCGACGCUGAGAGAGAGGCCAAGGCCCAAGAACAGCUCCAAGCGGAGGUGCUAAGGUAUAAAGCCAAAAUUGAAGAUCUGGAGGCAACUCUGGCUCAGAAAGGGCAGGACUCACACUGGGUAGAAGAUAAACAACUUUUCAUUAAGAGAAACCAGGAGCUUUUAGAAAAGAUAGAAAAACAGGAGGCAGAAAAUCACCGGCUACAGCAGGAACUGCAGGAUGCCAGAGACCAGAAUGAGCUGCUGGAGUUCCGAAACCUAGAGCUAGAAGAACGAGAAAGACGGUCCCCUCCAUUCAAUCUGCAAAUUCACCCAUUCUCAGACGGUGUGAGCGCGCUGCAGAUCUACUGCAUGAAAGAAGGUGUCAAGGAUGUGAACAUCCCUGAUCUCAUAAAGCAGCUUGAUAUCUUGGGUGAUAAUGGGAAUUUGAGGAACGAAGAACAAGUGGCCAUUAUCCAGGCCAGCACCGUGCUGUCCCUGGCGGAGAAGUGGAUCCAGCAAAUCGAAGGAGCAGAGGCCGCCCUGCACCAGAAAAUGAUGGAACUGGAAAGUGACAUGGAACAGUUCUGCAAAAUCAAAGGCUAUCUGGAAGAAGAGCUGGACUACAGAAAACAAGCCCUCGACCAGGCGUAUAUGAGAAUCCAGGAACUAGAAGCUACUUUGUACAAUGCUCUGCAGCAAGAAACUGUCAUCAAAUUCGGUGAACUGUUGAGUGAGAAACAGCAGGAGGAGCUGAGGACUGCAGUAGAGAAGCUGCGGCGGCAGAUGCUGAGGAAGAGCAGAGAGUACGACUGUCAGAUUCUUCAGGAGAGGAUGGAGCUCUUACAGCAAGCCCAUCAGAGAAUCCGUGACUUAGAAGACAAAACAGAUAUCCAGAAAAGACAGAUAAAGGAUUUAGAGGAAAAGUUUCUGUUUCUAUUCUUGUUCUUCUCUCUUGCCUUUAUUCUAUGGCCUUGAUGUCAAGGUGCCUCUUGAAGAGUAACCGAAAACACGGAUAAGACCCAGAAAGACAAAUGCUUCUAAACCUUCCAAGAUGGCAGAAAUGUUUACAGCAGUGAGAGGGAGAUCAAAAGCUAAGGACUACCCUGUAGCCAGGACUACAACUGUGUAUUUUAAAGCCAUUAUUCAAGGUUUCUUACUUGACAGUUCCUAUAUGACCCUGUUGAAAAUCUACAAUAUAUGCUGCAUUUACUGAAACAUGUAUAUGUCGAACCAGAAGAAAAGAACUAUAAACAUAUAUUGUGUAAAGAAAAAAAAUCAGCAGUGGGAACAGUUUCAGCAGAUCAAGCAAAGAUGUGUCUUGGGCAUGGAACCAAAGUUACAAAGAAACAUUCUACCCCUGCUGUGCAGGGGGGGUCAUUUUAAUGUAACACCACACCCCAUGGAAAAUACUGGUCCUGAAAUAAACAUCAUUUUAAAAAAUCAAAACAAAACAACAAGGGCGGGUGGGAAUGAAGCACGAGGAAUACCCAUGAGGAGCUAUUUACAAUAAAAUGUUUCAUUUGAAAAGUCUGGUUUUUUACUACAGGGAUUUGCUUUUUCUGUCUUUAUCAUUAUUUAAAACUCAGGAACAGAGACAUCAGCAAUGUGAGUGAGAAGAAAAGCACCCUCCCGUUUGUUUCUCUGCAGACAGCGGAGCGGGUGCAGGGCAUUCCACAGAUGACGGAUGAGAAGUGGACUGCGGUGACCCCGUCUGCGCUGGCAAAAAAGGCGGAGGACCCAGGCAAAUGUCACAUAAAAAAUAAAGGCAGAUUUGAUGCUUCCUUGACCUGUCACCUCUGUGUUGCUCCAGGAAGAAGAGACUGACCUCACUCAUAUUGAAAAUUAAGAAGAUGAUGCUGUCAAUCACAAGUUCCCUGACUUAGUUCUGUUCAUAGUUCCAGCAUCUGUAGGGAACAUGGGCCAGAGAGCAUCUCUGAAUCUUUCCAUUUCCAAAAUACUGGUUUUCACAUGGCUGCUUAAGAUUGCCUGCAAACCAAUGUUCUAAGAUCUAAGUAAAAACACCGUAGAGGCGAUAAGUAAACUUCUACCAACUGUUGUUUGCCACAGAGAUGUGAAUAUUAAAUUACGAUUAUUUUUUUAAAAUGUCCUGAUACGCCUAGAGCACUUGGGUCCCUUGUCACUUAAACUGGUAACAGUUUCCCCCCAGGGAGCUAACAGCCACAAGAUAACUCUGCUUUUUUAUAUAGAACUGCCAGUGCGUCACUGAUAAGGUGGUUUUCUACCAGAGACAAUGGAAAGACUGGUACUUUUCCUAAGUUCCGUAAUACUGAGUCUUGGAUUCCGGUUUGAGAGCAAAUAAAUGUUCCUGAAAAGCUGAUUUUACACCUCAUUGACUGUAGAUAACAAAACAGCCUCAAUUUUUCAAAGUGUCAAGGUUUUAUGUACAGGGCUAGAAUUCCCAUCCAUAGAGAAUGUGUGUAGGGAGCCAGAAACUCUUCCUACAAAACGCCACCCAAGCCCUCCCCUCUGUGGGCUCAGUAUCUUUCUCUUCAGUUUCAGCGCUGGCGUUUUCGGAGCCAGCCCGGUGACUGAGGAAUGUACAAGCAAAGCUCGGAUGCUGGGGUCUACUUUUUGUGUUUAUAUUUACUGCUGACACAGGCAACUUUGGCCCAGUCACUUAACCUCUCUGUGCCUCAGUUUCCUCAUCUGCAAAAUGAGGUUAAAAUGCUUUUUCAUAAAGGUUUCUUUUUUGCAAUUUCUGGAACAAGAGGUGCUUAAUGUAGCAUAAAGUGCUUUGUAAUGACCAUGACUGCUAUAUUAUUUGACAUUCUUGUAUCGUUGAGAAAAAGAGUCCCUUGUGUAAUAAAAUAGGCUUCAGUUUGGUGGGAUCUAAGCAGCAUAGCUCUGAAGCUUCCCCAUCAAACUACCUGGGACAUCACUAGCAAUAAAGCCUGAGAGAUCCAGAGCCAGGAUCUCCAAUAACCUAUAGUCAGUAGAUCAGCUCAUGCUAUUGAGCAAGAUGGAAGAAUGCGUGAUUUCAGUGAUGAAUGAGGAUCCCCUAGCUCUCCCCCUUGCUGGCACAUGCGUGAUACAAAACUCCAUGUGAUCAGAGGACAGCCAGGUGUAAGAUUAAGGCUGGCAGUAAAUAGCAUCACCAUUGAUCUGAUCACCCUUUUCAUUUGGGGGCAAGGUCCAGUGACAUGCCCCACUGGGAAUACACAAAAUAACUGUCCUUCCGCUGGACUCUUUGUUUAGUUGGGUAGGUUCGUUGUGUAGGCAAUGUGAGCAAGGGUGCCCCUGUAGUCUGGGACCCCACCCUUUCAAAUCUCAGAAGAAACAGGACAGGGUAAGCCACUCUUCUGUAUCUUCAGCGUUUCUCUUUUCAUUGCUCUUUGCCCAUCCAGGGUCCAUCUGAGCAAAUUCAUACUCCAUCUUCUCCACCAACCCUCCUUGCCUUCUCUUCCUCUUGCUUUCCCCUCCAAGGAAUGUGCAGUUGGAAUUUUAUGUCCAAGCACUGACCAUGGUUUGAAUGACUAGAAAGAGUUGUAAAAAUAGUGUGGUUGAACCAUGCACACUGUCUGCGUACAUGUCAUUGCAUCACACACAAGUCACACAAGAGCCGUGACAGGAUGAGUCUAAGCAGCUUUAGACAGGUUUCGGGCAAACACACAAGGAGGGGUCUCUCUUGCUGAUUGACAUCCAGGAGAUCAGCAGAUUUUUCUAGAUUUUAAGCUAAAAGGUGAUAUUUUUACCUGGUCUUACUCAUGACACUCAAAAUGGUUAUUGGGUAGGGCUACAUAUUUGUAUAGGUACAUCUCUCUGAUACCCAUUUUCACAACUAUAAAAAUCAUUUGCGAAAUUGUAACUAUGUCACAGUCUUGCACAUGGAUCCAUGGAAAGGGACCCUAUCGAAAGGAAUGCUGCCCUUGUGCAUAAUGUCCAGCAGUAAUGAAAGAGCAUCUCAUUGAUCGUGGAGAGUUCGAUGUGCUUACAAAGGGUGGAUAAUCCCCACUCUGAGCUUUAAUUUCUGCAUCUUAACUAACCCAGUGAGUUAGCAAUCAGAACAGCAUUUUUCAGGGUUGAUUAACUUAAUUCUUAAAAUAUUCAUCUCUUGGAAAAUAAAGCUAGCUGGAUAAAGAUAAACUAUUAAAAGAUAGUUUUUGAUCAAAUAAAAGUCCCAAUGUAGCUCAGUAUUUUCAGACAGGAAAAUUUUUAUGAUAAAAAGGGGAAAAAUGGAAGACUAUAUUUGGCUAUAAUACUAGAAAUCAUCUAUUACUAAGUUGAUGUUUUUUAAUGCGUCCAAGUUUUAUUUUUUGGAAACACUAGAAUUUGCUGAAAAUAAGUAUGGUCCCUUUCACCUAUGUCAUGGAAGUAAAAUGAUGGCCAAUACUGAGAUCUGAGGGUUGGAAGAAUACUGCUUGGUUUUUCUUCCAUUCACAAGUGACUUCACGCAGGUGCCGUGGUCCUGCAGGACGGCAGGGAAGAUACAGAGGGCUCGCAGGGCGCCACUGGAGGACAAAGGGGGCAUUUGUUCUCCACAAAUAACACAGGAAAUAAUACAGUUGUGCCAAGUAAUUUGUGCUACAGUAUUUUAUCUCAACUUCUUAUGUUUUCAGUUUAAAAUAAAUACCUGGCACAUUUGUUCUUUUUUGCCAAUUUAUUGUCAACUUUUUCUGUAAAACCAUUGUGUAAUUUACAUACAUUCAGUGUCUUCAAUGUAAUUCCUAAGUUUAUUGUUUUAAAAUGAAGCAAGUCUUUGUAAGCUGCCUAGGUUGUUAUGGAAACUAAGAAUAAUAUCCAUCAGUUUUGUGUUGAUGUUUAAAUAAUUGGAUUAUUUGUGUGAUGUUACAUCAAAGUGGAAAGCAUAGACAUUUUAUUUUUAAAUAUUGCAUUUUUGAUCUGUCAAAGAGUGGCACAGAAAAAAAAUAUAUAUACUUAUCUACUGUAUUUGAAAAGUUCAAUAUACCUUUUGAGAAAUCAGUAAUCCAAACGAAUCUUAGAUGGCUGUUUAUGUAAUGAGUUCAUGCUUCCAGAAUGGGCACAAGCCUUUCAUGAGGACUUCUGCCUUCCGAAGGAAGAAAGUAGGUCACGUGGUGUUGAGGGAUGAAAGCUUCCAUUCUGUUCAAUUGCCUUGUCAUUUCCAUGUGAUGUAUUGUCUUGAGAAUGCAUUUCUGGCACAUCAGCAAGAGGUUUCGGACCAUGGAAGGCUGAUCUGCAGCCGCAUGGGAGUGCUGGGCAGGGCAACAUGCGCAUUCCUUUGCUGUCUUUAGUUUGGCAGUUUAGUUCAUCCUAAAUGAAGCUUCUAUUGUUGAGUCUGAUGUUUAAUUGAAAUUGCUAAAGAUACACUUCAAGGAGCCAUGUGGCAAAAGUCAGAAGGAUUAUAAUGUGCUGUAUUCAACACAGAAUAUCAGACUCAGAAGUACAAGUGGUUCAUUAGGUGAAGUUCCCGGUUUUGGUCUUUUUGUUUCUGCAUUGAGGUCUUUGCAUCCACGCUGGUAUUUCCCUCCUAGUGACAUCGAAGUCCUGCAGGGUGGGAGUGGUGCAGAUAAACAACUCGUAGGCCAACUUUGCCCACAAUCAAGACUCCACUAACUGGCUAAGUUGUGGACGAUGCCAUUCCCCACAAGCAGAUACCCAGCCCCCAUUAAUAACAGCAAUCACUCAUAUUUGAUUGACAGCUCACAAAAUGUGCCUAUUCCCCCCACUAACCAUGAUGAGGCAGAUCAAAGUCCAAACACUUUUAUAAAUAUGUGAUGUACAUAUCUACUCAUAUAUAUUCUGUACAUAGUACGAUGGUGCGAGUGCUCACUAAAUGUGUACUUCUGUCCCAGGAUUGAGGACUUAUGGGAGGGGAUUUUCUCAUGCUGCUGGGUAGCUCAUGUUUUUGUUCAACACCUGGUGUCUGCUCUUCCCCUCCUUGCCUGCCUCUGUCCCUCCUCCCCACCUUCUAUCCAUUAAAGCUACGCCCUUUUGUUGACUGAGGCCAAGAACUCAUUGGCUUUCCAAUGAAGCAAGUCCGUUAACUGGACUCGCAGUGAUGCCAGUGGUUUUCUGGGAAGAGCAACAGCAAGUCCAGCACAAUCUACAGUAUUAAUAUUGCCCAAAGUCUCAUAUUUUUAUCAGCUACAAUUCCCAUUUGCAGAUGGGUUCAUGCAUGUUUUAACCUUCGAGAUCUGAUCCCGUGGGGGCUCAAGUGAAGAGCCAACGUGUUUGAAGACAUUCAUUCCCCAGAAGUCUACUGGAUGCAGGCAGCCAGGGGGCCUGUUUCUCAGAGCUUUCCUCCCAUCCGCUGCCUAAGCUGGGGUCUCCCUCCGCAUCACAUUAGCAUGACUCCAUGUAUUGCUUCAGUGCUUGUUUACGAAUGGAAGACAAACGUAACUGGACUGAGUUGCACCAGAAUGAUCCUCUGAAGUACACCAGACCUGUACAUGUAUUGUAUGUAAUACCGCAGAGAUUGGAAUCAACUUACUGUAUGUAAAGUUUUAUGAAUGGUUAUUUUAUAAUUUAUGUAUUGAAUAUAGGCAUCAAU